AUGAUGAUCCAUAGACCCCUCUUAAUUCUCUCUUCUCCGCCACACUUAAAUCCCACACAAAUUUCACGUUCUAUUCCCCACGUCAACUUCAACAAGCAACACCACCACUCCCACCCCCACCCUACCCUGUUUUUCCCUUGUAUCUCUUUACUUCCCAACUGUCCAGAAAAAAGGAAAGCCAGCCCCCACCACCCACCACCGUCCACCCCACCCCAUCUCAACCUAGUACCGUAAAGACACCACAACUUUCAUUAUAUAUAGUGUAAAGCUGACGCUUUUCUAUCGUAUCAAGAAACUCUCAAUUCGUCGCAAAUUAUGGACUGUCCCGGAGAUUGGCCGGAGCCAAUAGUCCGUGUCCAAUCACUGUCAGAAAGCUGCAACGAUGCGAUUCCCGAGAGAUAUGUCAAACCCCCUGAGGCUAGGCCGUUGUUGGGGUCAACCCUUGACGCCAACAUACCCUUGAUCGACCUCGGAGGCCUACACGAUGAUAGCCUCCGAGAGGCAACAUUGGGGCACGUGUCGGAGGCGUGUCGUGAGUGGGGAUUCUUUAUGGUGGUGAACCACGGGAUCAGCGACGAGCUGCUGGACCGUGCUCGGGAGGUCUGGAGGCAAUUCUUUCACCAACCGAUGGAGGUGAAGCAGGCCUACGCCAACUCGCCUAAGACCUACGAAGGCUACGGCAGCCGGCUAGGGGUGGAGAAGGGCGCAGUUCUUGACUGGAGUGAUUACUACUAUCUUCACUACCUGCCUUGCAACUUGAGGGAUUUCAACAAGUGGCCUGCACUCCCCAAUCACCUCAGGGAAGUGAUUGCUGAAUAUUCCGCUGAAAUCGUGAGACUAGGUGGGGUCUUGCUGAAAAUCCUGUCGAUAAAUCUCGGGUUGAGUGAAAACUUCCUGCAAAAUGCGUUUGGCGGGUCGGAUAUCGGGGCUUGUUUGCGGGUUAAUUUCUACCCGAAAUGCCCGCAGCCGGACCUCACGUUGGGCCUCUCCUCGCAUUCGGAUCCGGGUGGCAUGACCUUUCUUCUGCCGGAUCAGCAUGUACCGGGACUCCAAGUCCGCCGUGGCGACGGGUGGAUCACGGUGAAGCCGGCGCCGCAUGCAUUGAUUGUGAAUAUCGGUGAUCAAAUCCAGGUACUAAGUAAUGCGACUUACAAAAGCGUGGAGCACAGAGUGAUUGUGAAUUCAGCACAAGAGCGCAUUUCACUGGCGUAUUUCUACAAUCCGAAGAGCGAUUUACUGAUAAAGCCAGCGAAGGAACUGGUGACACCGGACAGCCCCGCACUGUACUCAGCCAUGACCUUUGAUGAAUAUAGACUUUACAUUAGGACCAAGGGCCCUAGGGGAAAAUCGCAAUUAGGAGAGUCGUUAAAGUCUUCAAGAUGACGACUUUAAUUUCGAUCAUCAUCCUAAAUUAAUUGAGUAUUAUUAUAGUACAUAGCUGUAUUUUAACUAAUUGUACAUUGAUUAGUACCAACAUGAGGCUAAUUAAUGCAUAUUAAGAAAAUUAGAGUUAUAAAGUCUCAUCGUCUAUAUUAGUUCGUCGGAUCCAACCCGACAAAGUUAUGUAAAAUAAUUAUAUUUACACAUUCUGAUC